AUGAGUACACGAAGUUCAUUAAUAAGGUCAAAUAUGUCAAGUGAAAAACAUUCAACUUUAAAAAUGAUGGCACUCAAUCGGCCAUGCGAACUUGGAAUGCUUUAUGACUUUAUAAAUGAUAAGUUUAUUUCUGAGAUAUCAUUCUGGAAUUCAAAUCUUUCAUCAGAAAACAUUAAUUGUCAACAUUUAUCAUUGAAGAAGUGUGAACUUUUUAUAACGGAUAAAUUCAGAGAAAAAGCCGAUCUACUAGGAAUAGAUAACAAUCUUAAACUGAGUAUCUUAGCGAAUCUGGUUGAAUUAUCUGGCUCAACGAAAUUAAUCGAUGAUAGAAAGAAAACAAAUUUUAAUUUACGAUUUAUUUUAAAAUAUUCAAUAGAAAAAGAUCUUCGUGCGUUAACCAUGACUUUUAUAAAUAAAAACUAUGGAAAAUAUCGAGAAGUAUUGGAUAAAAAUAUUGCUACUCAUGUUGUUACUGAUAUUUUGUAUGGUGGUGAUAUUGUCUUCGUAUUUGACCGAACAGUAUUCAAUGAUGAAAAUCGUACGGAUAUUGAAAAUUCUAUAAAAUUACUUUUGAAAAAGUUUGAACAAUUUCAAAUACUUGAUAAUGGUGAAUUAAACUGGAAAGAUCAUGAGAAAAAUCUAGCUGGCACGUUAAAAUGUCAAUAUUAUGGUGAUUUUCAAAUUGAAGUCAAUCCAACAACGUUUGAAGAAACAGUAAAAAUAUAUAAACAAUUAAAAAUGUUGAUUCGUCAAAACAACUAUAAUGCAAUACCAAAACAAAUAUGGAUCUGUCCACUUUAUUUAUUAGAUGAAUUUCGUUUCGUAACCAAAAAUUUCAAUCAAAUUAGUGACAAUAUUCUUGUUGAUUCCAUAGAAACUUUUGAAUAUUUAUAUAAAUUAGAAAUAAUUACAAAUGAUUUGUUUCAAAAUUUAUCGUCUAUUCAAAUGUUCCAUCGAACUAAACAACAAUUUCUAACACAUUUGAGUCGAAUAUCAGAAAUUGAAGUUCUUUUGAGAAAUCAAUUCGUGGAGUUAUUACCAAAAAUUCGUGCUGGUUCUAUUGAAGAAAAUACUCUUCAAGAUCGAUUGGGAACCCUCAAUUUGUUUUCAUCCGAUAAACGAAGAUUAGAUGAUUGGAUUGAAUUAAACAAAAAGAAAAUCGAAUUAUUUGAAAUGAUUCUAAAUCAAAUACGAACACAAGAAAAUAUUCAUCGAUUAACAUGUUCAUUCGCUGAAUUUCAAAAGAAUUUUAAAAAUAAAUUUAUUCUGCGUUUAAUUAUUCAUAUUACCGAAAAAAAUGAUUCAUUUUUAAAUGAAAUAUUUCAAUAUUUUAAUCACAAGAAAAGCCAAUUCACUUAUCAAGGUACAAAAAAAGAAAAUUGGUUUAAUAAAGAAAAUAUUGCAUCAAUGAAACAACAAGUUUCCUUAUUUGUCAACUUCGCUCAACACAAUCAUUCUAAAUCUAAUAUUCAAUUUAUCAUUGAUGAAGAAUACACUGAUGAAUUUCAAAUGAAUCAAGGACUAUCAUAUAUUCUUUAUCAAAAUGGUGUUCCUACAGAUUUCGAAAUGCCAAGUAAACCUGGCAAACCAUUCGUAACAAAUGUUUCAGAGCAUAAUUUAACACUUGACUGGUCGAAACCUACCAAUGGAAGUCGAAGCAUUCAACAGUAUAAGAUUUAUCGUAAAACUAUCUCUCAUAAUAAGUGGGAAUUACUAUUGACAACUGUGGAUAGCAGAUUAUCUGUGAAUAUUUCAAAUCUUGGAAAUGGAAAAUAUCAAUUUAAGAUACAAGGAAUCACUUUGGCGGGUGAUACAGAUGAAAGUGAUGCUAGUGCCAUUGUUGAGUUACCACCACCAACUCUUAUAGAAAAGAUUAUCAGCAAACCUGUACCGAUUGUUACACCUAAUCAAAUUACUGCUGAAAACGCUACUGUAGAUGUAACACCUGAAUGGUUCAAACAAAUGAAACCGGUACCUAAGGAAAAAAUUCGUUUUCCUGCAAGUUACAAAGAAAAUUCUCCUAAAGAUAUUCGUACAUACGAAUGUCUUUCAGUCUAUCGUUCCAUGGUCAAGAAGACAGACAAUAUUGAUUUUGUUGCCGAACCCUUUUCCUCCGCUGUCAAUAAUACAGAGACACUUGUAGUAGUUCUGAACGAACUUGCAAAUCAAUUUGGUGCUCGUCUGACUUUUACUGAUGCAAAUUUCCAAUAUAAAGAUAGCAAUUAUCGAACAGCAUGUGGAAUAGCAAAUCUAGGAAGUAUUCAUUCGUUUCUUGCUACCGAAAGAAACUUUCAAACUGCAAAAUUCAAUCUUCAUUUAAAUCUUAAUUAUAAUGACAUAAUACGGUCUCCUGGAACAUUAGAAAACUUUGUCUUAAAAAUGAUUAAUGACACCAGUGCUAUUGCAAGAUGCGAUAAAGAUUUUAUUCGAGUUUUUUCUGUGAAAUCAACGUCAUCAAUUCAUGUUGAGGUUGGCAUCACGACACCUGAGAUUUAUCAAACAAAAAAGGUAGCUGAAAUAGUCAAAGAGAGUUUACGUAAUAUUUCCAAAGGAAAACGUCCAGAUAUUGUUCAAGAUUCUGUUCCAUAUACUUUUCAAAAGCUGAUCCCAUAUGACUAUGAUUAUAAGUUUGAAACAGUCAUCGCAUUUUUACAAUUGCAAAUGUCAGAUUUUGAUCCCCGAUAUAAUCGCGACUAUCCAAAUGCGAAUACAGAAAUACGAGGUGGUUUUCCGUAUUAUUUUCCACAAGGAUGGUAUCGUCAUGCCCUCAAAGUAGAUGAUAAAUAUUUUGAAGAUCAAGCUUGGCUGGGUAUGAAUAAUGGUCCUGGUGAAUGGGCUGUUGCUUACCAUGGAACACAGUCAAAUGCUGUGAAAGGUAUUAAAAAUGAUGGAUUUUUGCAAGAUUUCACCAGUAGGGAUUUAAUGAAAGAUGAAGCAAAAUGCCAAAAUCAGUCGGUUCCAGAUGUGAAAGGAUUAUAUGUGGCAACACAUUGUGAAGGAGGAGCUUCGAUUUACUCUCGGCCUUUUACCAUAAAGGAUUCUAAGGACGCAAGCAAGAACUACAAAAUUGUGUUUCAAUGUCGAGUUCAACCAGAAAAGUUUACGCAGCACCAGACUCCUGUUGACGUUGGAAUGGCAUGGCGAGUAUUCGAUGAGAAAGCAAUCAGACCCUACGGGUUACUUCUAAAAACUUCAUGA